GCUGCCGCCGCCGCCGCCGCCGCCGUGACGGGCAGCCGGGCUCGCGGGCAGCCGGCUCCGGCCCCUGGCCCUCGGCCUCGAGCCCCCGGCGAGUCUGGAGUCCGCGCCGUCGCCGGCCGCGUCCUCCGGGCAUGGAAGGUGGUGGCAAGUCCAAGUCCGCGUCCAACAGCCGCGACGAUGGCAACAGCGUCUUCCCCUCCAAGGCGUCCGCGACGGGGCCGGCGGUGGCCGACAAGCGCCUGGGGACCCCGCCGGGGAGCAGCACGGCGGGGAAGGAGCACGGUAACUCCGUGUGCUUCAAGGUGGACGGCGGAGGCAGCGAAGAGCCAGCGGGCAGCUUCGAGGAUGCUGAGGGACCCCGGCGGCAGUAUGGUUUCAUGCAGAGACAGUUCACCUCCAUGCUGCAGCCCGGGGUUAACAAAUUUUCCCUCCGCAUGUUCGGCAGCCAGAAGGCGGUGGAGAAGGAGCAGGAAAGGGUUAAAACUGCAGGCUUCUGGAUUAUCCACCCGUACAGUGACUUCAGGUUUUAUUGGGAUUUAAUAAUGCUGAUAAUGAUGGUUGGAAAUUUGGUCAUCAUACCAGUUGGAAUCACAUUCUUUACAGAACAAACAACCACACCAUGGAUUAUUUUCAAUGUGGCAUCCGACACCGUUUUCCUAUUGGACCUAAUCAUGAAUUUUAGGACUGGGACUGUCAAUGAAGACAGCUCUGAAAUCAUCCUGGACCCUAAAGUCAUCAAGAUGAAUUAUUUAAAAAGCUGGUUUGUGGUUGACUUCAUCUCAUCAAUCCCAGUGGAUUAUAUCUUUCUUAUUGUAGAGAAAGGAAUGGACUCGGAAGUUUACAAGACGGCCAGAGCCCUUCGCAUUGUGAGAUUUACAAAAAUUCUCAGUCUCUUGCGUUUAUUACGCCUCUCAAGGUUAAUUAGAUACAUACAUCAGUGGGAAGAGAUAUUCCACAUGACAUAUGACCUCGCUAGUGCAGUGGUGAGAAUCUUCAACCUCAUUGGCAUGAUGCUGCUCCUGUGUCAUUGGGAUGGUUGUCUUCAGUUCCUGGUUCCCCUGCUCCAGGAUUUCCCACCGGACUGCUGGGUUUCACUAAACGAAAUGGUUAAUGAUUCUUGGGGGAAGCAAUAUUCCUACGCGCUCUUCAAAGCCAUGAGCCACAUGCUGUGUAUCGGGUAUGGCGCACAAGCGCCCGUCAGCAUGUCCGACCUCUGGAUUACCAUGUUAAGCAUGAUCGUUGGGGCCACCUGCUAUGCCAUGUUUGUUGGCCAUGCCACAGCUUUGAUUCAGUCUUUGGAUUCUUCAAGGAGGCAGUAUCAAGAAAAGUAUAAGCAAGUGGAACAAUACAUGUCAUUCCAUAAGUUACCAGCUGACAUGCGCCAGAAGAUACAUGACUACUAUGAACACCGAUACCAAGGCAAGAUCUUCGAUGAGGAAAAUAUUCUCAGUGAACUUAAUGAUCCUCUGAGAGAGGAAAUAGUCAACUUCAACUGCCGGAAACUGGUGGCUACAAUGCCUCUUUUUGCUAAUGCGGAUCCCAAUUUUGUGACGGCCAUGCUGAGCAAGCUGAGAUUUGAGGUGUUCCAGCCUGGAGACUACAUCAUUCGAGAAGGAGCUGUGGGGAAGAAAAUGUACUUCAUUCAGCAUGGUGUUGCCGGCGUUAUCACCAAGUCCAGUAAAGAAAUGAAGUUGACAGAUGGCUCUUACUUCGGAGAGAUUUGCCUGCUGACCAAGGGCCGGCGCACUGCCAGUGUUCGAGCAGAUACAUACUGCCGUCUUUACUCUCUUUCGGUGGACAAUUUCAAUGAGGUCUUGGAGGAAUAUCCAAUGAUGAGAAGAGCUUUUGAGACAGUGGCUAUUGACCGACUCGAUCGGAUAGGCAAGAAAAACUCCAUUCUCCUUCAGAAGUUCCAGAAGGAUCUGAACACUGGUGUUUUCAACAAUCAGGAGAAUGAGAUCCUCAAGCAGAUUGUGAAACACGACAGAGAGAUGGUCCAGGCUAUCCCUCCGAUCAACUACCCUCAAAUGACCGCCCUGAACUGCACAUCAUCAACCACCACCCCGACCUCCCGCAUGAGGACACAGUCUCCACCCGUCUAUACCGCGACCAGCCUGUCUCAUAGCAACCUGCACUCGCCCAGCCCCAGCACACAGACACCCCAACCCUCGGCCAUCCUCUCGCCCUGCUCCUACACCACAGCAGUCUGCAGUCCUCCUGUACAGAGCCCCCUGGCCACACGAACUUUCCACUAUGCCUCUCCCACCGCCUCCCAGCUGUCGCUCAUGCAGCAGCCUCAGCAGCUACAGCAGUCUCAGGCACCGCAGACUCAGCCGCCACCGCCGCCCCAGCAACAGCAGCAACAGCAACAGCAGCCACAGACACCUGGUAGCUCCACCCCGAAAAAUGAAGUGCACAAGAGCACGCAGGCACUUCAUAACACCAACCUGACCAGAGAAGUCAGGCCCCUCUCGGCUUCGCAGCCCUCGCUACCGCAUGAGGUAUCCACUAUGAUCUCCAGACCUCAUCCCACUGUGGGCGAGUCCCUGGCCUCCAUCCCACAGCCCGUGGCAGCUGUCCACAGCACGGGCCUUCAGGCAGGGGGCAGGAGCACAGUGCCACAGCGUGUCACCUUGUUCCGACAGAUGUCCUCGGGAGCCAUUCCUCCUAACCGAGGAGUGCCUCCGGCACCCCCACCACCAGCAGCUGUGCAGAGAGAAUCUCCCUCAGUCUUAAACACAGACCCAGAUACAGAAAAACCACGUUUUGCUUCAAAUUUAUGAUUCUUGCUGAUUGUCAAAACAGAAAAGAAAUUCUCUAAGAAACAGAUUAUUCACAGAUAUUAUUUUAUUCUAUCUCAUGAUAGAGCCCUAUAGCCUACUCUGAAAAGAUAUUUUAGACAGCUCUGGCCUACAUGCAAAUGUAAAAAAAACAUAUAUACAUAUACAAUUAAAUAUAUAUCACUAUAUAUAAAUGCCCAAGAGAAGUUCUAAAGACUUGUAUAGCAUUCAGUGUUACAUGUCUUCCUUUCUUUAAAUCCAUUAAAGGAUUAAACACUUUGUUGUAAGAGCAUUGAUUUCUAAUGUACUUUUACUUAAUUCCUUUGAUAUGUGUAUUCCUCUCUUUUAUGAAGAGUUCUUGGGGUCAAUGGCAUCAAAACGCAAGUUUUAAAAAGGCAACUUCAAUUAGUUCCAAAACAGCACCAAUCAACAUUUUCUUUCGUUAGCUGUGCCUCUGCAUCCAAAUUAUUGAUUAUGCAGGAUGAAAUCGCCAAAUCCCAGUUUAUAGUUCUAAAGUGUAUUUUGGUGCUUUCAAUUUUGAGUUAGGUGAACGAACACACACCACAUGCUCAGCCACCACAGGAGACAAAACAUUGCCACUGCGAAGGUUUUCUCUAACCUCAAACGUGGUCAUUGAUUCGGCAGGAAGGGUGAGGAGGUAGUUGUCCUCAUGUGUUAUUGGACUUUUACCAAGACUCAGUCGAUGUUAGUUGUAAAUAACUUUCCAACCCAAGUAAAAGUAACUACCUGUGUUGUGUAGAGGUAAAAGUCACUCACUGUUUAGAAUUCAGUUUUAUGGCUUCACUUCAAAACUUAAGAGUUUUAAAUUUCACAAAACCGAAUAAUUGUGACACUAGUUCAAAUGUAAUGCAAUGGCUUCAGACCUACAAUAUUAUUUUAAGCUGCAAUAAUAUUUUAUGCAAAAUUGUAUGCUUGGAUCUACAAAUUGCUUGUAUUACACCAAAAAUUAUUACUUUUCUUCCUUAUUGACAUAAUCAAGCAUCUGAAACUAGUCCUGGCAUGCUUUUGGGGGCAAAAAAAAAAAAAAAGUAGAUUCCAAUCAGUAAUUGUAAGAAAAGGCUUACAGUAUUUCUCACUUCUAGAAGAUAUAACAAUUCAUUAAUUGUGUCUUUUAAAAUUCUUAAAAGGCUGACUUGGAUUUCUGACUUAAAUCUAGAAGUGAGGUUUUUCACUUUAAUUUAAUAUUAUCGCUGUUACUAUCAUUUAAACAAUUAUUUGCAAAUCACAGCUUGGUUUGGAGUUAAAUAUGUUCUGUGUCUUCAUGUUAGUUGGUAGUUUAUUGUGAUAUUAAUGUGAAGAAAUAAAUAUAAUAUAUCAUCACAUCUGUUUGGAAAUGCACAUUUGCCCUCUGUAUAUUGUAACUAAGCCGUUAGUAAAUCUUAAGGCAUGUGGAAACCAACAUAGUCCUUAGACAGACAGGAGGUUUGUUCUUUUAAAUGUGCUGGACAUAGUGUGACUGCGGCGACAGGAAGCAGGGGUGAAGUUGAUCUGUCUGUAAGCAUUGUUUGUUUGUUCCUUUGUUUCCUUAAUUCCUUCCGUGAGCAUCAGCCUCUUAGAGAGCACGUGGCCUUACUGCAUCCCACACAUGUGCAGGAUGAUUGGACCACAAUGGGAGGAUUUUUAAUGUCUGACUUCUGUAAAUAACUCAAGAGUGUGACCUGAAGUGGAGGUCUUUAGUAACACAGGCAUGGCUGAUCCAAUUAAGAACUUAAAAUCCACACAUUCUGAUGGCACAGGGCCUCUAGAUAGAUUUGAGGACCGGAAACUAAAGCAGAAACAAUGGCUAUAAAGUGUAUCCAUUUUUGUCUGUUAUGCCUUUUAUGGAUCUAACACCUAUAAAACCAAAAAGAGUUGUUAUGAUUAAUUGCUAACAGAUCCUAAUUUGUGUGGAAACAAUAUACAAUGCUAGGCAAUGUAAUGUUAUUCACUACUGACAUGGUGAUGACCAAUGACAGCCUGUUGGGAAUGAUGUAAAAGAGUUCAAUUAGCCUACCUAGAAUCUAUGGAAAAGUUACAAGACCAUUUAUGUAUCAGUACAAAAUUCCUCUAUUUUAUUAAAAUAUAAAGAUUAGCAUCAAUAUAUUAAGAUCAUGCACUAGUCCUUUAAAUUAUUAAAGGCCUACAUUUGACAGAAUUAAUGGGUUUGUUAGUAAUAUAUUUUUUAUACAUAAAAGUUUUUGAGCACCAUGGGAAACAUCAACAAAACUGAACUGCAUGAUCAUUCAGUGGAACCAUAAAAUUUUUAUUCAUUUUGUACUAGAAUGGACAAAGAGCUCUAAGGUUUAUAUGCUAAGUUAACAAAAUGGUACAGGGUAAAUGAAAUAUACAUAUGUACGAAUGUGUAUUGAUAUACACAUAUUUAGAUUAAGGAGAAAGUGAUUCACAUUCCUGUAAUAUAAAGGUACAGUGCUAGGUGGACAUGACUUUUUUUUUCUCUGUACAUAUAAGCUCAGUUUGGAGUUUUAAUCUGUACAGAAAGAACUGUACUAUUGAUCUUUUGCUGCUGAGAAGAUGAAGAAAUGCUAAUCUUGCCACUGUAUGACCAGGGAAGAGUUAGAAUAUGUCUUUUGUCUUUGCUCAAAGCCAUACAUAUAAAUAUAUAUAAAGAUUAUUAAUAAAUCCAACAGAAAAUAAACUAAAAUUAUGAAUAUUUUAUUUUAUUGCUAUACUCUAAUCAAAUGUUUCUCUUUGUUGAUGAAUAUAGAUUUGCCUUUCUUUCUGUUUUUGUAUAAUUUCCAAAGACUUAUUCUUGAAAAUCACCAUACAAUUCUUUAUAGAUAUUCUACAAAUAUAGAAUGAAAAUAAUUUAAAUAGAACAUGGAUUUCCCAGUCAUCUCUUUGUUUUACCUUUUUUAUAUAGUAAAAAUUUAUUUUAUUUUUUACCCCAUGCCUCUUUAAUAUAUUGUAUUUGUCCAGUUUUAAAUCACAGCCAUGUUUAUAUAUUGGAUAUAAGGAUGAUUUUUAAUUUAUGUACAUCACAUGUUUUCUUUGGACUUUUCAAAUGCCUCAGAUGAGGUUUAUGACAAUGAGGGUAAAUAACGAAGUACUCUGAAACACAAUGAGGAUAAAAUUGUGUUUUGCAAUUUACUAUAAUCCUCAAACACACAGCGUGCCUCCAGGUCUCUAUGACUUCCCCAUGAGGAAAUGAUUACCAAGUGAAUGUCAUUCCACUUUUCAAAGAUAGCUAUUCUAGCAUUUACAGACUUAAAUGAACAUGGUAUUUUCAGGACAUCGCAAAGGAAACAAUCUAGUUAUUUGAGUAAUUUUUACAGAACAUGAACAAUGUAAGCAAUAUGAUGAGUUUAAACUUUUAGAGAUAUUAUAUUAAAACUGUAGUUCCUUAUGUUUUAAAGCACAAACCAUGUCUCAUAGUCUUUCAGGAUUAUUAUGCAAAAAUAUCUCCAUCUAUUCUUUAUUGACUAAAGGUUUUUAUUUGAUAAUAUUACUAUAAUUGUUCCUUUGGACCUUACUUUUCAUAUUUUUAUAAUAUUAAACUACAUGACCAACAUUUUUCCUGCUUCUAUCUCCAGCACUAUAGAGCACAUGUCAGUGCAUGUGUGGGAUGCGUUGUUCUUGCUGCUGUUAUUAUUUAUAUUCACUGACCCUAACAGAGAUUUACUAUGUGCUAGGUUAGUCUACCUAAAAGUACAUCAGCCUGUGCCAUGAGAAAAAUUUAUUCCUAGAAUACAGUCAGGUACUGAGCUAUACUGAAUCUUGAAUAGUCAAUGAAAAAAUAGCCAUGAAGUAUACAGUUGAAUGUGUAACGAAUUAUAUGUCAGUUCUUUCAAAUUUGCCAAAACAGUUCCCAAAAUAUUUUCAAAGUCAUGUUGGAGAUUUUCUUUCAAAGAUUUUUUUUCUUGAUUUUAGGGAUUUUAUGCUUGCUGUGGUCACUUGUGGUUUUUUAAAAAAGACAAAUAAUUGAGUUGAUUAGAAAAAUCAACUUUGUUCUCAAAAACAAUUCAUGAACUAUACAAAUAUUGCCUGACUUCAGAAAAGAUUCAGAUUCUUACAAGUCGGUCUUCCACCUCCCAUUUUGAAGUUUUGAGCAAUGACUAUAAUGAGCAUUGCUUUGCUUCCCUGGAGCAAUUGAAAUCAUCAUGGAUGGGUUAUUCUGACCUUGGUAAAAUUCUUAACUCAAAGGUAGAAGAAGUAUAUGCUUCCCCAUGCAGGAGAAAAUAUCCUGGUGAAGUAGCAAAUCCAUCAUUACAAAAGAUCACUUCAUUCUAACUCAAAGGACAAUUUUUGAAUACUUGAUUAUAUUACACUUUGUUCAGUUCUCAUAACGAAAUGCCAUCACUUCCAUUUCUUCAUAUUAAAACAAUCUCUCUGACACAAGGUGUUGAAGAACGGACACAGUUUUCCAAGAAAAUCUGGAAUAAAGGUGAUAUGAGUGAUAUAUUUGUUCCAUGUAUAAUUUUUGAUGUUCCAGAUGACUUAAUUAAAAAGACAAAUGAUGUUUUAUAAAAUCAAAAUUAAUGUGACAGCCAUGACCCCUUCUUAAUUAAGACAGUACCCAACCACACUCUUAAGUGACCACGCCUCUCUUAUUUCACCACAAUCCCACCCUUGUUUCCUUAGCUAAGGGUGGUUGAGUAGUAACAAUGAAGACUUGAAAGCUUUUAUUGAAAGAAAUCUUGCCAGUUCUUGCCCCUGGCCCAUCAUGAGACUUGUUUAAAGAUAAUAGUAAAAGAAAGUAUCUGCAAGUCUUUGAAUUCAUUUCCAAGACAUUUGAUAUAGAAAGCUUGAAUGUGUCAUAGACUAAAGAAAACAAAUGGUAAAAUAGGAUUUAAAUCCAUUUUUAUUAUCAGUCUGAGAAUUUUAUAAUUUUAUACCUUAAUCUUAAUUUUUUAGAGCAAUCAAAGGAUAUAUGGUCAAAUUUGUGUUUUGCUAUUGUGAAAAGAAAUAAAAUUAAUUUGUGGCAGGGCAAGAACUAAGGCUAUUUGUUACCUAAUGCUACUUGUGAGGCUGCUAGAUCUGAAGAAAGAUCUCGUGUUUGCCAAAGAGUAGGCAAAUUCCGGAAAUGAAAAUUUGCCAGCUUUGCAUAUUAAAAACGGCACAGUGUAAAGAGCAAGGACAUGAAGAACCACAAAUCAAAACGAAUUAUCAUAUUCAUAUAUCACAUCAUAGAAAUUAUUCAGAAUCAAGUGAAGCUAGCUUCCCAAAAGUGACUGGUGGUAACCUGUUUCAUAGACUGUCAAAUGCAGACAUUCUUUGGGGAUACCUUAUUUCUAGUGUAGUGUAAAUCACCAUUCUACACAAUGAUAACUAGUUUUUUAUUAUUCCAUAAUUACAAUCAUUUUUUUUUUGUCAUUCGAGUAGACCGUGCUUUUUUCCAGUGGACACAUCUACAAAAAUCAGUAAUACAGCAGUUCUUCAAAAGUAAGGUCCAUUUAUGUUUCUAUUAGAUUUAUUAAAAAUGACUUAGAAUUACUUAUAUUUUUAAACAGAAAUGACAGAUUUUGACAAAACAGAAGUUAAAAUUUUAUCAGAUUAAGCAUUGGUCUCCACAAAGAAAACUGAGAUUUGUAGAGACAAACAUUUUCUUAAAACAUAUUUUAGUUUCCAUUUAAACUGUGGCAAACCCCUCUAAAACAGGAGACAUGGUUUAGAAAGAAGUAAUCACAUAACUCAUUAGAGAGAUCAAAAAUCAAUUUUCUCAAUGUAUAUUAUCAUUUUAUUUUGGCAAUAUGUGGCGAGGGUCUAUGUUUCUCAGUACUUAGAAAUAAAAAUUGCCUGCCUAACACUGUAAAGAUAUAUUGCCAAGGUCUUACCCAAACUUCUAUUGACAACAAGCAGUUCUGAAUGCCUGAAGGUAUGAUAUUCUGAUAUGUAGCAUGAAGUAUUGAGCCUGAGUAAAAUUAAAUAGCAGUUCAUAAACAAAAUGUUCACAUAGACAAAGUGGUGUAUGACUUCCCUAUACCUCCAUUACAAAGAUCCAAACUAUAUUAACCAUAUUGGCUCACAGACCAAAGUGUGGAAAAGUGCAAGCAACAGUAUUCAUCGGACUAAUCAUCAUAAAAUGGGGGACAUAUCCCCAAACAACAUAAAUCAAAAUCUACUUGACCUCCCAAACAAGAACAGCCUUCACUAUCAGUGCCAAAUUAAUAUAAGUAUUCAAAACAGUGAUUUAUGUCUUCUUGGCAACAGCAAUUUCAUUUUGGAAGUUAGCCAAUAUUAAUUUCAAGCCACAGUUUUUCAAACUGACAUGGUCAGAUUAGUGCCACCAAUUAUGAUAAAAAGCAAAUUGUGGUUCAUUUUGGGUAUAGCUCAUAACUGUCCCUAAAGUUCUAGCGUUAAAGGUCUAGCGAUGAUCUGACAACAUCACCAAAUACAGUUUCACAGAGUCUGCUUAUGCACAAUUAAAACACCAUGGUAUUUUCAUUAAAAUGCUUAACAAUCUUGCUGCUUAAAAUAUAAAAUAUCAAAAAAUAGUUUUAGAUUCUUAGAGGCAUAAAGGACCUGUGUUUAUUUUGCACAUCUUUUUAAUGGGAUGGAUGCUUACCUAGGACACUCUGUGUUUCUAUGAGUAAAUAGUAGCGACAUUUAAUUCUUAAAGAAAUUCUUUACAUUGAUAUAAAGUGAUUUAUAUCAGCCUUUAUUGAAAGCACAUAGGUAAAAAUGUGUUACAAGGUUUUGUCAUUCUCUACACUAAGUAUGAAUGCUGGCCCAUUUUAUGAUUGCCUGUAUCACAGUAUUUGAAACUAAACUUGACUGAACUUCUGGUAUGACGACAACGAUU